GUUACUUUUCUCCGCGCUGGAAUCCCGAAACCAUUGUAUUUGCAUACGCGUAAAGUGCAUUUAAAAAUAUACAGUACUCGGGGAGUAGACUGCAGGUCAUUUGUAUUUGUAAAUGCGGACAUCUACUCGCGCGCUAGGCAGACCGAGCAACUCGGCGAGACUACUAUGGCGAAGACUUUCUCUUAAUAAUCACAGACUAGCCCGUCAUCAUGUAAAGACGUCACCUGUACCUUAUUAAUGUUCAUGAGUAAAACUGUACGUUUACCAGUCGAUGCUGAAAUAUCACAUGCAGUGUUCAUGAAGCAAACCUUUACCAUAGUAGCAUUUGUGACUUUCCCUUCUAACUGCGCACAGGUUUAGCGUCCUAAACUAAACUAAACUACUGACCAUCACUAUGCAUUUUUAAACUUUGUGGAAAGUGUGCGUUUGAAGCACUCGGCGUUAGUGUGAGAGUGAUGUCACCCUCACGGAUGUACUUCCUGUCGGCUGUGCUCUGCGUGGCCAUUUUUCAUCCAAUAUCGGGUCAGAACUGCUCAGAGCGCUGUAAAGCCUGCGGGGGCCCAGAGAAAGACCAGUGCCUUCAGUGCCUCGCAGGAUUCGUCCUGCAUGACAACCUGUGUGUGGAUAUCGACGAAUGCGGUACUGAUCUGGAACGGUGUCCCGACAACACAUACUGCUUCAACACCCACGGCUCCUAUGAAUGCAAAGGAUGCGAUAAGGCCUGUGUUGGUUGUAUGGGUGGAGGACCUAACCGCUGUAAGAAAUGCGCCGCUGGUUAUAGAUCAUCAGGCGUGAGAUGCAUAGAUAUAGAUGAGUGCUCCGAGGAGGUGUUGGCCUGUCCGGGGGUCAGUAUGUUCUGUGUGAAUACAAAGGGCUCUUUUCACUGUCAGUGUGCGGUGGGUUACACACACAGAGGUGACACCUGUGAGAAGAGCCAGACAACAGCGUCUGAAGAAAAGGGUUUUUUUGACGACAUUCAGGAGGAUGAAAUUGAGGUUCUGCAGCAGAUGGUCUUCGGUGUUGUUUUGUGUGCAUUGGCCACUUUGGCGGCUAAAGGGGACUUGGUGUUCACCUCCAUCUUUAUGGGGGCAUUGGCAGCCAUGGCCGGUUACUGGCUCUCUGAUAAAAGCGACCGAUUGAUAGAUUCCAUCUUGAAGGGGAGAUAAAUGCAAGGUUUACUACUUUUGAACUGGGCCAUCUCCUACACCAUAAGAUGAACCAAACUUUUGAACAGUUGCCUACGGAACAGCAGUGUACAACGUAUUUUUAUGAGGACAAACACUCUUUGCACUUCGACUAAUAAACUUUUAUUUGCUUUUAAAUGAAACAGAGCAUAUCUCAGAAAGAAAGUCACUUUUAUUUAAUGGAUAUAAACAAGCCGACUGACACUCAAGAAUAGUUUGGGGGGGAGGAGGGGUACAACACAUACAAUAGCAAAUAUCAGGGUUUGAGGUUGAGGACUUUAAAAACAUCGAACAUGACACAGAUUUCACACCGAACACCCCAGUCGCGCCUGCUAGGCCCUCGCGCCGCCAAUAUUCUCCAACACACGCGCAGCAUUCACACCCCGUUACAAUCUUAUUUGCAUACACAGACACAAUCAUGCAAGCAUAUCCCACACUCUUUUAGCGCCUCAGAUCUGCACCCCGAAAACAUGCGAACGCUUUUAAUUAGUUGCACGGGCAAUCCACUGGCAGUGGGCGGGAAGAUGUGGGUGAGGACACACCAUUCUCAAACACAUUACACCAUCAUGAUGCCAAUGCGUCUCAUCGGUGACGACUGGUGCACCAUGGGAAAAUGAACCCCACGUUCACACGGUAUCAUUCGGCAUGCUGACACUCACAUUGGACUUGUUUGCACUGCUGUACAGGAAAAGAACAGGAAACUAAUUUCAUGUACAAAUCUUACAGUCCCAAACUGACAUAUUCAAAAAAGCAUGAACCAUAAAAAAAACAUAACAUAAAUAAAUAUCUUAAAAAAGUAAAAACAAUGUCUUUUUUUUUUUGUUUGUUUUUAAGAAGUAUUAUACUAUUUCUUUUCUGGCAUUUGUCACAGUGGUUUGUAUCAUCCAGAGGUUUGCAUUUUUUGACAUCGUGAAAUAAAAGAAACAAUGCAACUGGCACACAACAAAUAUAAAUAUAGAGAGAAAUCUUCACUUUUGUUCUCUUUAUUUCGGGCCUUUGCUCAAACCAGAGGCCCGUUGACAUACGUCGUAGUUUUAAAGACCCUACCGGGCUGAAUCUUCUUUCUUUCUUUCGUUAUUAAUUAUUUCUGCGUAGAGAUCUAUUAGACUUUAGUCUAAUAUUAGUCUUCACCACAGCCCAGAGUUGGCACAUAAUGUACAUAAUCAUGCAUCAUCACCACGUAAGUCAACAUUUCUCUUUUUUCUUUGUUCUAUAUAAUAUAUCUCUUCCGAAGGCAGGAGAUCUCCCCCUACUUCAAGUAUUCAAUAAUAAAAGGUCCUGAAGGUGGAGGACUGCAAUAUAUCUGACGUCUUUUUUGUCCUUAUAGUACAAUUAUAGACUUGCACAAGAGACAGACAGACAGACAUAACACAUUAAUAUUAGAACAGCAGAUCAAACACUCUUCUAGUGUUUGAAACCGAGUCAGAAACAUCCAGUAUUCACAUGGUGGACAUAUUCUGGAUCAGUGUUUAUCAGUCACAAUAGUUAAAGAAACGUAAUAAUAUUCUAGAGCACAGCGACAACGAUGCGCUCACGCCAUGACAGAAUUACCGCAAUUUUUUUCAGACUUCCAUCUUGCUAAUAGUGACAUAUUUUUAUAAUGACCAAAAUCGUAAACGUUAAAUCAACUGCAUUACAUGAUCAGUGUGCAUUAACGAAGCAUUUGCGAUCGGAAAAGAAUCUUUUAAAUGCUGUAAUUUUGGCAUUGCGUGAGCACAGAACUGAAACAUAUAUACGAUUUUUGAAGUGAUGUGACCGCGCAUGAACAACGAGAAGGUGAAACGCAACAUGGCAGCACAGACGGGUCAUUUAACAGUCAGAUCUUGGCUAUGCUUUGGGCUUUGCCAAAGUCCUAACGUGAAUUCCACGAUUACAGACAACAGCAGUGAAAUGACACAAGACAAUGCAAAACAACUGUUAACAUAUCCCAGCCUUCUCAGUGUGUUCCUCCACCUGAAACUAUGUUCAUGGUUCUUAAAGGCGUAGUCCAUCCUAAAGGGAAAAUUGUCAUUUACUCCACGUCAUGUCGUUCCAAACCUGUAUAAGUUACUUUCUUCUGCUGAACACAUAAGAUA